ACCUACGCAGAGCUCCCCCAGGAGACGUGAGUCGGAGGAUGAAGCAGGCCCUGGUGGACGACACGGAGGACGUGUCCCUGGACCUCGGCCACGAGGAGGAGCUGGCCUUCCGAGCGGAGAUCAGGCACCCCGUGGCCGCCUUCUUCCACCUGUUUUUCCGGGUGGCUGCCAUCGUCACCUACGUGUGCUGCGACUGGUUCAGCAAGAGCUCCGUGGGCUGCUUCGUCACCGUGCUGCUGCUGCUGUCCUUCGACUUCUGGUCUGUGAAGAACGUGACCGGACGGCUCAUGGUGGGUCUUCGCUGGUGGAAUCAGAUAGAUGAAGAUGGAAGAAGCCACUGGAUUUUUGAAGCCAGAAAGGCCUCUCCCCGCCGUGGGGCGGCCACGGAGGCGGAGGCCCGGAUCUUCUGGCUCGGCCUGGUCAUCUGUCCCCUCAUCUGGACGGUGUUCCUGUUCAGCGCCCUCUUCUCCCUCAAGCUCAAGUGGCUGGCACUGGUGCUGGCUGGGCUGUGCCUGCAGGCCGCCAACCUCUGUGGCUACGUCCUGUGCAAGCUGGGCAGCGACGGUGACGUGGGCAGGGUGGCUGCCAGCUUCCUGUCCCCAACAGUCUUCCAGACGGUGAGAGGGGCUGGGGGGCCUUGAGGGUGUCCCCACCCAGCCAGGCUGCAGGCAGAGCACCCCAGGGUGGGGGUUCCAAGUUGCUGUGCAGCCAGAGCCCGUCCGCCUCCAGAGGCCUCUCAUCUCAGUGGCCUUGACCGGAGGGCUACUUGGUCAUUCAGAGAAAGUGUGAGAGACAGCACAGUCCUGGAGCUUUCUCCAGUGCCCUCCGGCCUCUCCGAGGUACUGGGCCAGGACCCUGCCCGGCUCUGUCCCCCUCCUCUUCCUAAUGGGUCUGCGAGU